AUGCCCAUCGCUCGCCCCACUGGCCGCAUCCCCGAAGCUGCUUGGACUUCUGGCAUCAGAGAGCUAACAGAGCCCUGGAAAGGUGCUUUGGGCUGCCUCGGCGUGGCUGUCUUCUUCGCCAUGACUAUCGGCAUCAUCUCCUGGCAGGCCUUGGAGCAGCCCCUGGAGGAGUGGAUGCUGCGAGGCCAGGCAAGUGGGAUGCUGUGGGAUCGCCGCCAUGGUGCCCUGAUCCUGCGGGCGCUGCCGAUGGGACGGCCACUGGUGUCCAUCACAGUGGGUAGCGUGCCAGCCUCAGAGCUACCUCCACCGCGGGAUCGGUGCUGGCAGGACAGCACAGAGUUCUGCUAUGCAUGGGAGGAGGAGGCCGAGCUCCACAUCUCGCUCCAACCCACCCCAGCCCCUGGCACCGAGUGCUAUAGUGUCCGUUGGACCCCGCUGCGCCCCGAUGUGGUGCUGAAGGAUUGCUUCUCCAUGGUCAAUGUCUCAUGGUAUGGAGGUGCGAGCCUCUGUGCCCAGCGCUGGCCCCUCAACGGUGCUGAGAGCCCUGAGCAGCCCUUUGUCAGUGGAGAUUUCAGCAAAAACCCCACUGGGUACGGCCCUGUGCUGGAGAGAUACUUCUUAGGAUCAACAGGAGUGACAGUGACAGUGGCACCUGAUGUGUCCCUGGUCCUCUCGCUGGAGAGCCAUUGGCAUUUCUGCCUGGGAGGAGCUGGAGGCCCCCUGCACUACGUCCUCUGCAUCAGCCCCAACAUCACGACUGCACACCGGCACAUGGGCACCCAGCUGGCAGGGCCAACACGGGCAUUGCCUGAUACAACCCUGCUGUGGUCUCCUAUCUGGCAGUAUGAUGAUCCAGUGGGUUCUGCUGCCAAAAUUAAGCGGGGUCUGAGGUCGCUGGCCAGGAGACUGAAGCGGCAUCGCAUGCAAGAGGGAGUCCUGGCCCUGGGGGAGCAUGGCACUGCUGCACUUGCCACCAUGGAUCACGUGCCUGUAGAGCGAAGGAAGAGGCAUGGCACACCCCAUGUCUGGGACCCAGCAAUGAUCUUCCCGCUGCGGCUCUCCAUCACUCUGUCCCCCUACGCCAGCAUCGCUGCCCCACUCUUCCUGCACUUGCUGCGGGAUGGUGAGACCGGCUACUGGCUGAGCCUGCAGCCCCGCUAUGGGGGCUGCUCGAUCCCGUUGCUGACAACAUGGAAGGGACAGCUUUGUGCCCGCCUGAACAUCACCAACGAGGCAGCACUGAGCUGGUACUUGUCCCGUGCCCGGGGCCUACGGCACAAGUUGGGUGCCAAGUACAUGAUCUUUGAGGGAGCUGAGGGUAAUGCCUUCCUGGAGCAAGCUAUGUCCCCUCCUGCUGAGCUGGCUGGUGACCAAUACGCUGAGAUGCUCGCAGCAGCACUGGUGACACUAGGGAAUGCCACUGUCAUCAGCGUCGGUGCCAGAUCUAGUCACCUACCGCUCUUUGUCCAGAUGAGCCCGCUGCACUCAGACUGGAGCCACGCUGGACUGAAGGGGUUAAUUCCCUCCGCGCUGCACUACAGCCUUUUGGGCUACAACUUCUUCAUCCCUGAUGCAGUGGGAGGCAGCCUGGCUGGUGACACCUCAGGGGACCCGGAGCUGUAUGUGAGGUGGUUGCAGAUUGUGACGUUCCUUCCUGUGAUGGCCUUUGGCACACCACCCUGGCUCUGCUGUGACUACUGGGUUCUGAAUCUUACCCGGCAAUGCAUACAGAGACACAGGAAUUUUGUGGUGCCACUCAUCAUAAAAUACAGCAAGGAAUGGCUUAGUUCAGGGUACCCUAUCUUCCGCCCGGUGUGGUGGCUCAGUCCCACGGACCCAACUGCUUUCACCAUUGAGGAUGAAUUUCUCAUUGGAGAUGAGGUCCUGGUGGCUCCAAUAACAGAAAAAGGGCAAACAUGGCGAGAUAUCUACCUGCCUGGAGAAGGGUGCCGGUGGCGGGACACCAACAGUGCUCGUGUGUUUGAUGGAGGCACUGUCCUCAGGAACUACUCUGUCAGCCUUGAAGAGGUGCCAGUUUUUGUAAAGACCUCCUAA